CUUCAGCAAAACAAGCCUGCAGCCGUAGUGGAGGCUUGGAGGAUAUUUGAUCACCUCUUUUACAUAAGAAUACUGAUUAAGCAGACACACCACAAGGAACCUGUGAGGUUUUUUGCUUCAAAUGUUUGCUUUUAAGUGAGUUUCCUUCGCUAAACCACAGUAAGCUAUUGUUGUUUUAAGAAGUUUACUUAUCAAAGCCAGUGAAAUAUGCUUAGUGGUGGACUACACCUUUGCAUGGGUCCUAACAUCUACGGAAGCCACGAAAGUUGUUUAUUACAGUGUCUUAAGGUCUACAGACAGGAUGAUCUACAUCAUAAUGGGAGUCUCAGGCUGCGGGAAAAGUGCCUUAGGGGCCUUCCUAUCGGAAAAGUGCAUUCAUGUAUGUGUAUCUACCAAUCAGCUGGGCUGGCCUCUGCAUGAAGGGGAUAGCUUCCAUCCACAGGGGAACAUUGAGAAGAUGGCUCGAAGUGAACCACUUACAGACCAGGAUAGAUUACCCUGGCUACUCAAACUACAUGAAGUCAUUGAGAGAGAGAGGAGCUACGGCUCUGAUGCCCUGGUGGCGUGCUCUGCCCUGAAGCGUCUGUACAGACAGAUCCUGCUCCACGGCUCCAAAGCCUUCCCUUCCUCCGGUCCAGACCAAGAUGGCCUGCCUGCCUCCUCUCCUGAUGUCUGUUUUCUCUUUCUUUAUGGAGACUACGAUCUCAUUCAGCAGAGGAUGGUGGUCCGGAGGGGACAUUACAUGAAAGCAGAUCUGCUGCGUUCACAGUUUGAUGUUUUAGAGCCACCGUUGGAUAAAGAGAACGUGUUGUCACUGGACAUCAGGACGAGCAUCACAGACAUGGCCAUGGAGGUGGAGAAGCACAUAGUCAGCCUCAAGUCGUCACCAAGGCCUUAAACACAGACCAUAUCUAGGUCAUACCGAGUGAAGUGGGGGGCGAGUUUUGGUUUUCAUCUACUCAUUACUGCUUCAGUACAGAAUGAUCCUGUGGUGCUAAAAACGUUUUAAAACACAGCCACAGUGCCAUUCCAGUAUAUUCCUGCUUUAUUUUGAUAUUAAAGGGUUUGAAUCUGACCAUUUUUUGGGGUGAAAAAUGAUCUUCCAAUAGUGUGCCAAAAAAGAAAAAGGCCAGUCGUGGAUAUGAACUACAGUAUUUUGAACUCAAGAGCAGAACUGUGAAAGUAUUGUAAAUAUUUGCACUGUAAAGACACACUGCUUCAGCCAUUUUGUUGUGAAAAAUGGAGAGACUACUUGACUUCAAUAAAACAUGUAACAUGCUU